AAGACUUAUUUCCCAUUUGCCUAUCAAUUCAACGACGUACUGACUUUUAAGAAGGCUGCGUUUCUUCGAGGAACGUUCUCCAAAGCGAUAACCAUCCUCUGUCCUUGACUGGACUCAAUCUUCUGACUAUACCUCUAGCUCUCUCACUCUCAGUUCAUUGGCUUCUUUUGCUUCAGAUUGUUCUCUACCCCUUUUCUUUUCUUUUUUCAAUUCUAAGAUUAGGGCAUCCCAUUCAUUUUUGUCGAUUCAUCCCAUUUUGCUUAUUAUUUCAGAAAGAGGAAUAAAGUAUUGAUUCGAUUCAAUUCAUUUUCCUUAUUGUUUCAGAACGAGGAAUGAAGUAUUGAUUCUCAGAAGAUAUGGCAACUAAAAUACAGCCAAAACGAUCAAAUCCGGUUGGAUAUAGAUUUCAUCCAACUGAUCAAGAACUCGUUGGGCAUUUUUUGAAUCGAAAAAUUCUUAAUCCUGAUGAUGAGAAGAUGCCAAUUGCUGAGCUUAAAGUAUGUGAUUUUGAACCUUGGGAACUUUCUGAUAAAUCGAAGAUAAAAUCAAAUGAUCAAGUUUACUAUUUCUUUUGUCCCCGUGAUUAUAAGUAUACACAUAGCCGGAGGUCCAACAGGACUACCAAGGCUGGGUAUUGGAAACCCACCGGUAAGCCUCGCAAAGUGAAAGAUAUUCGUACAAAGAAGCCUAUUGGCACAAAGAGAACUUUGGUUUUCUAUGAAAAGGAACAUCCGAAAGCUAAAGCGGUCAGGACAAAAUGGAUCAUGCACGAGUAUGAAUACAUUCCACAGGGAAAUUUCCUUCUCUGUAAGUUGAAGGCAAAGUCAAAGGGACAUAUAAGCAAUAGUGAACCAAAACAGUUGGCUUCAGCUUCUGAAAGUGCGAUGGCAGUUAAUUCAUCUUGUGAUGAAUGCGCACCAAGUGACAAUAUGGGUUCCAACGUGGAAGAUCAUAAUCUGGAUGAGAUGACUCCUGUAUCAGCUUAUGACAAAGGUGAACAGAAUUGUCCAGUGGCUCUUGAUUUUGGAAAUCUGAAUCAAAGUGAGGUGACGGCUAAUUCGGCUUGUGAUGAAAGUGAACUAGGCUACCAUUUGGCUUCUGAACGUGAAGAUCAAAAUCCAAAUGAGAUGACUGCUUCGUCAACCAAUGAGGAAUGUAAACUUAGUUGCCAAGUGACUUCUGAUAUUGAAAAUCAUAAUUCAGAUAAGACAAGUGAUAUAUUAGUCUCUGAACAAGAUGAAUGGAGUCCCCAUACAGCAACACCUGAUUGUGGAAAUCAUAAUGCUCAUGAUAAUACUGAUAUGUCAACACUGUCAGUGGCUUCUGGUUUAGAAAUUGAUGCGGCAGAAGCUACAUUUUUAGAGGGUCUGCCAACCUUUUUCGAUGCAAUGAAAGCAUUGCUUGAGCCAAAAGAUGGUCUUAACUCUGCACUUUUCUCACCUGGCAGGGCUGAAGAAAUCACACCAGCUUUAGUACCUUUCUGCUUAGUGGAACAAGUUCUUAAAUAGGACGCAUUCGAUGAGAAUGGUCCUCUGCCCCAUUGGGUACCCUAUAACAAAGUAUUUAAACUGAAAACUCAAUAUAGUUUAUACUGCUCUGCAGGUUUGAUUUCACAUGUUGAUAGAGGAUCUGUACUUUGGUUGGCUUCGUGGUAGAUGUGGUGGGGCACAAUCUAAUCCAGCACAAGUGGUUUCAAUUGGCUUCCAAAAUCUUCUGCUAUUAGCAUUAAGAGAAUAGUUGUCCUAAAUUUCUGAUGAGACUGUUGUCUUAACUGUUGUAAAGACGUUUAACCAGAAGUUUUGUGAAAAUUCUGUGUUGAGUGCAUCCUUCAUAUCCUUGUUUGUUAUUAGCUAGAGUUUGGUCACUGCGGGGAUGCAGCUUCUGUUGGCUUGACUUGAUUUGAUACAUGUGUCUGUUUUAAUGUAGAAUGAAGUUCUGUUUAAGACGUUGAGUUGCCCCUCUUUAAUGUCUUUUCAAGACAUUAGAUGCCAAUAUUGUGAACUUUGGUUGUUAAUGAAACUUUUAUGAUGUUGUUGCUGGGUGAUUUUGAA